AUGGAUCCGGUCAAACUUGCAACGUGUUUCUACAUUCUUCUGUGUGCUGCAUGGGCCCGUCACUCUUACAUGGACAGCAUCCUCUCAGCCCGCUCAGCUCUCAGGUUUCUGGAUGAGCCGUUGACAUUUGACCCCUGCUGUCUCAUGUCACCGCCUCCGCCACCGCUCUUCCCUCCGCCACCUCAGCUGUGGAAGCGGGGCAGCCCAGAUGGCAUUAGCGUUUUGGAGGUACAGGAAAAACAAAAAGCUGUGAUACCUGGGUGUUCACCUGGACCUCCAGGACUUCCAGGACCCCAGGGACCAGAGGGUCAGGGUGGAUUACCCGGCAUAAGAGGACCAAAAGGGGAGAAGGGAGAAAUUGGACGUCCGGGGUCAAAGGGUCGUACAGGGGCUCCAGGCCUCCCAGGGAAACUAGGACUACCAGGGUGGCCUGGUCCAGAGGGACCCGAGGGUGAGAAAGGGGAUCCAGGUCUCAUGGGAUUACCAGGACUGAGGGGACCACCAGGGAUAAAGGGUUUGCCUGGUUACAAAGGAGAGACGGGGGUUUAUGGUGACCCUGGAUCAGCAGGACCAAAAGGCGAUAAGGGUUCCAUUGGUUUGCCUGGGAUGCUUGGACAGAAGGGUGAGCAGGGACCAAAGGGAGAGCCAGGACAAACAGGGAAGAGAGGACCUACUGGACGGCCCGGGAAGAGAGGCAAACAGGGCAUGAAGGGCCAUUCUGGAGCCCCUGGAGUCAUGGGCCCCCAAGGACCACCAGGUCCAAACGGCCAUCCAGGGCCACCCGGUCCACCUGCCUCAGGUCUCUAUCUAGUAGGGGAAAAGGGAGAGAAGGGUCCUGCAGGUCCACCAGGUCGCUGUGACUGUGAUUCCACCGUUGGAGCAAAUAAUGCUCCUUUUGGAAGCUACACUCAGCGAGGUGGCCUCAAUAAAGUCCCUGCAAUAUUUGUGGUAAACAGUGAGGAGGAGAUGGAACGUCUACGUCUAGACAACGCAAUAGCAUUCAGGAAGGAUCAGAGGGUGCUCUACUUCAAAGAUAAAGAUGGAUGGAGGCCCAUACAGCCCUUCCAGCCGUUCCAGUCCACGGAGAAAGUCCCCGACAGAGUUGGUGCGUGUGGGGACGGAAAGGUGCAGGCCCAGCACGGAGAGGAGUGUGAUGAUGGAAACCAGAUUGUCACCGAUGCUUGUCUCAACUGUAAGUGGGCCUACUGUGGAGACGGCUACCGACAUGACGGCAUUGAGGAGUGUGAUGGAAAGGACUUUGGCUAUCAGACCUGCAAGUCCUAUCUUCCUGGGUCCUUUGGGCAGCUCAGGUGCACCGACUCUUGCCUCAUUGAUUCCACCGGUUGCAAGUAUUUCACCUGA